UCACUCGACAAAAGAGAGAGAGCGUGAGCAAGAAAGCGAGAGACAGAGGAGAGCAGAAACAGAGCAGACGGAGGAGCUCUUACAGGGAGCGGACUGGUAUGGCUCAAGGCUCUGACAGUAAUGACACAAGCUACACCACAUCUCCAUCACCGGGCACCAAACAGGGGUCAACAGACGACAUGAGGAAGGUGAUGAGGAGGGAGAAGAAUCGCAUUGCUGCCCAGAAGAGCAGGAUGAGACAGACGCAAAAAGCAGACAGCCUGCACCUGGAGAGUGAGAGUCUGGAGAAAGAAAAUGCCGCACUGAGGAAAGAGGUGAAGAGACUGACGGAAGAGGCAAAAUAUCUUUCAACUGUGCUGAGCAACCACGAGCCGCUGUGCACGGGUCUGAGUCCCGCGCCGUCGGACCUGCUGUACAGCACGCACGGACCGUUCCACCAACACAUCAACGUGCCGCACUAUCCGCUCUGACCAGCAGGGGCCGCUAGAGCGAUGCAUUUUCACAGUAUUGGGUAACCUUGUAGUUCAGUAAGUAACUUAAGAUAGUUAUCAAGGGAUAUUACAGCAACGUGAAAAUCAAAUAGACCUACGAAUCACCACUACGUGGAAGGGUACAAGCUUACUCACAAUGUGGCCAUCCAGAUAUAAAGUUUUAACAAAACAACAAACGUUAUGUUCUUUGUGGACUAGUAUUUUAUGAUAAAAACCUAUCCGUCUACGUGUUGCUUUGGACUGAGAUAUUUUGGUGCAUGACAAUGACAUGUUGAAUGUUGACAGUUUUAUUGUGUUUACUUCUAUGAUAGUAUGAAACCAGCAAUCCAGUGUUUUAUAUCUAAUAAUUCCUGUAGAGACUUGGCUCCUUCAGGACAUUUAUGUUCAUUGUGUCUUUGAUUCCUGAGUGCAGUUAAAGUAUUUAGAGAGGUUUCUUUUUCUUCAGUAUACUGAAGAUUAGGUUUUAUACUGUGUCUUGACUGAGACUGAAGUAGACUACUGUGCCAGGAACCUGAGACACGCUGUCCAGUUGUUACCAGUUCACAAUGAUUGCUUUGAAAUCUUCAAAUAAUUGUCAUUAAAGUCUCUUCUAUGUACUGGACCAGGAGGUGGAAAAUGUGUCUGUUUGUUACCCUCAGUUAUGAGGAGAUAUUUGAACAA